UACCAGUCUACCACCUGUCCAUAGACGCGGAAGAUAAGGCUCCUGAGCAUAUAAAGUGAUCGAUGUGAUGAACUUCCAUGUUCAAGAAUUUGUGCAUAACUGGCCUCAGCGUUAACGUUUACGGAACAGAUUUCGGUGGUAUCCAGUUAGUGCCGCAUUGCCCGCAAGUUUCGUUAUCCACUGCUCAACAACAGCUCAGUUCGUUUCAGCCCUUUCGCGGUUUUUGCUUUGGAACUCCACUCUUUUUCGCCUAGCUCAGUUCGUUGUGCACUGCAGUUCAUCGCUCCAGUCUCCAGCCCACCAAUUUGGCACUUUCGAGUUCGUCCCC